AUGGAUGUAAACACUGUAUUAAGACCCAGAAAAGGCUCGCUCAGUAACAAAAAAAGUAUAGUACCAGAAAUCAGCUUAACCAAAAUUUUCAAGAAAGAAGAUCAAUCAGUCCAUGAAAAAUUGAUAAAAAACAGCUUCAAAGAAAGAUUCUCUAAUUCCCCCUCCUCUGCGAGCGAACAAAACCAUUGAAAAAAUUCCUAUUUUUUGCCCAAAACGCAACCCUCUGCAAAUGAACAAAAAAUUGUUUAAAAAAAAAUUGAUAUAUAAGUGAUAAUUAAUAUCAUGAACUCUCUAGUAAUUCUGUUUAAUUUUAAACAAAUUGCGUUAGAACAUAAAUUUUACAAAUUAAAUUAAUAUUUGCUUUCCAAUUUUUGCAAAUUUGGAUUAUUUUAAAUUUUGAAAAAAAAAAAAUUAUUAUAAAAUUUAAUCCCACCAUUAGCGAAUAAAAUUUUUUUCAGCUCACGAAGUGGAAUAAGAUCACAAAAAUCGAAAGUGAAAUAAAUUCAUCAUCAUCUGAUCUAAGCUUAACCAAACGAAUUACUCCAGUUGACGAAAAAAUUCACAAGAUUCCCAGAGUCAAAGGGAUAUUUUGUAUAUCCCCAGAUAAUUUAAUUAAGCAGCCUGAAAAAAUUGACGUGAAAUUUACAGAAAAACAAAUCAAUAAUUUCACUUUUGAUGCAAAUUCCAGAAUAAAAUCGGAAACGAGGAUAAGCAGUGACGAAAAUAAAAUUCUGAGGACCUUCACGCCUGAGCUGACUGAAGCAGUUUCAAAACCAAGUAAGGUGGCGAUUCCUUAUGUUCCGCUUAUCCAUAACUACUAUGGGGAGACUUUCAACAAAGAGAAAAAUGCUACUUAUACUGGGAUUCUAAGUUUUUUAGAUGAUUUUGAAAAAUUAGGAUUAGACGAAAUUCCUAUUAAGCCUAUGAAACCUCGAACAAAAAAAUUUAAUUCGAGCACGCCUGUAUGCACUUCAACAGCAGAUACAGGACCAAAUUCUCCUUACAUAAAAAAGCCUAAAACAAAAAACAUUUCUGUGGAUAGAACACGAGCUUUCAGGUUUGUGCCUUGCUCACCAAGUCAGUCCCCUAUAUAUAAUUCAAAAAAAGAAAUAGUUGCAAAAAAAGUAGCUCCGGUUAAAGUUUAUGAUGAAAAAUCAGCUGCGGUAACAAUGCCUUCGACACCAAUACAGCAGUCAGCAAAUCCUAUAUUUUUGUCUAAGCGAGGAUAUGAGUUCAAAGACUAA